UUAGUCUCAAAGUUUCUUGUUUCUUCUACGUUUUUGUGGUGUAAUUGUGAAAUCAGGAGCCAAGAAGUCUCCAGAGAAUUUGAUUGGCUUGUUUUAGAGUUUUGUUCUAUCUAAAGCAGAGGUUUAAUUUGGGGGAAAACCUAAAAUUAGGGACGAUUCCCAAAUUGGGCGAUUUCUUUGGGCAAAAUUGUUUCGGGUUUUUGGUGGUCGUUGUCGUUGUCGUUGCUGUUUCUGAAUCUCUCGUUUCUCUGUUUAAGACUCUGAAACAGAGGGAGUAAAAUUGAAACGAGUGAAUAUUUAUUAUUUUUAUUGAGGGAAAGAGAGACGUGAGGGUUUUCCGGAGAGCUAUGGAGCCGAUUGUAAAGGGGAAUCCCACAGUGUUAUCGUCUUCGUCGUCGUCGUCUCUGAUUUUGACCUCCGGUGCGAGUGGUCGAAUAAACGCAUUGUUGUCGAUGCGAGCACUAAAGAGUCUGAUUAUGUUGGUUAAUGCCUUCGUUUUGUUGUUGUUAGUGCCUUUCCGUGGCCGGAAGAGAGCGCAAUCGAUGGCGCUAUCGGUGGCGGAAAAGCCGAGAGAUGAAAAGCAAGAAAGGAAAUGUGCGACGGUGCGGGUUCCGGCGACAAUUGUCUCUUGGAAGAGCAGUAACAGCAGUAGUAGUAGUAGUAGUAAUAAUGGGAACUGUUCGUCGCCGACGCCUGAUGCUGUGGAUCAGGAGGUGGCGGUGAGAAGAGCUCUGGCAAUACGGCGGGUGGUUGAGGAUAAGGAUAGAUGUGAGAGUUCGAUGCGGGAGUUUCUUCUCUUUCAAUCCCCAAGAGGAAAUAUGAUCUUCACCCAAUCGUGGACGCCUGUUUCUCUUAAGAUAAGGGGUCUGGUGGUUCUCUUGCAUGGCCUAAACGAACACAGCGGUCGAUACAGCAACUUCGCCAAGCAACUAAAUGCAAAUGGCUACAAGGUUUUCGGCAUGGAUUGGAUUGGCCAUGGCGGGAGCGACGGAUUGCAUGCUUAUGUUCAUUCUCUUGAUGAUGCUGUUUCUGAUUUGAAAUCAUAUCUUCAGAAGAUUUUGGCUGAUAAUCCGGGUCUACCUUGUUUCUUGUUUGGACACUCCACAGGAGGAGCCAUUGUUCUUAAGGCAAUGCUCGACCCGAGUAUCAGUUCUUGCAUAUCAGGAGUUGUACUCACAUCGCCUGCAGUUGGAGUUCAACCAUCUCAUCCCAUCUAUGCAGUUCUUGCACCCAUAGUCUCAUUGUUAUUGCCGACGCUCCCAGUUGGUUCGGCGAACAAGACGACACUGCCGGUGAGCAGAGACCCAGAUGCAUUGGUGGCUAAAUAUUCCGAUCCUCUAGUCUACACCGGAGCGAUCCGGGUGAGAACCGGUUAUGAGAUUCUGAAGGUCUCAUCUUUUCUGCAGCAGAAUUUGAGCAAAAUAUGCAUCCCAUUCCUAGUUCUCCACGGGACGGCCGAUGAAGUAACCGACCCAACAGCUUCCCUGAAACUUUACAACGAAGCUUCGUCGACCGACAAAUCGAUUAGAUUGCUCGAAGGUCUGCUACACGAUCUCCUGUUUGAACCAGAAAGAGAGAGCAUUAUGAAUGACAUAAUUGAGUGGAUAAAUUGUAGAGUGUAAAAUGGAAGGUUUUUGAAUUGGGAGGAGUGUGUACGGCAUAAUUGAGUGAAGAAAUGUUAAGCAUUUCUUCUUGUUUCACGUCGAUUAUGUUAAAGUUCAUCAGCUUGAUGAAUUGUUUAUAAGGGAACAUCUGUGGGCUGUUCUUCCCAGUCCGCCUCCUUCAUUGUUUAUCUCAGGAGGUUUGCCUUCCAUUUUUGUGCCAUCAAUGUAUUAUGAGUAUGGAAAUCAGUCCAGUUCUUUCCUUCCUUUUUGUAUCAAACUCGUUUCGUCCUAAAUUAUCAUACAAAAGGACUGUGCUUCUUUCC